GGCUUGCUUUCCUUGCAGGAGGAGCCCAACCUCCGCAAGGCCUCCAUCUUCCUUUUUGGGAACCUGGCCAAGUUCAGCUCCGGGAGUGGCGAGGACGCCUUCUUCGAGCAGAUCCUCUACGGCCUGGUGACCUUGCUGCUCCACCUCCAGGACCCGAAGCCAGAGGUCAUCAAGGCCUGCAAGUUUGCCUUGCGCGCGUGUGGACCCAUCUUGGGCUGCGCUGGGCUGUGCGAGAUGUUCCAGAAGCACCUGCACGAGGAGUGGAGCCUCCACUACGGCGAGUUCAUGAACGACGCCUGCAAACACCUGAUGCAGAACUUCCCAGAAAUGCUGAGUCGUUUGGUCAGCAUCAACCUUUUCUACUUCAAGAGCAGCUGGCCCGACGUCCGAGCGGCUGCCCCCAUGUUUGUAGGCUUCUUGAUCCUCCACGCGGACCGAGAGCAGAGCCGGCAGCUGGACCUGGACGAACUGAUGGCGG